ACAAACCGGAAGUGGUUGUUGUCGGACUCGGAAAUGAUCGUGCGCGUUAAACGGCGCCGAGCUGAAACUUGUGGCUGUUUCUUACCCAUUAAACCACACACAGGCUCAUCAAACGGCCAGUGACCAGUCUGACCCACCGCCGAGCUCACCGGUUGACACCCGGUCCCCACCGAGCCGUCAGUCGUUAUUUAGUGGCUCGCUGUUAAUCGUUAGCUUUUAGUCGCCGUUGUUGUGUUGUGUUGUGUCAUGGCGGCGGGAGGCGGCACGGCUCCUUCUCAUGUUGGUGAUGUUGAAGAAGACGCUUCUCAGUUGCUGUUUCCUAAAGAGUUCGAGAGUGCGGAGACGCUGCUGAAUUCUGAGGUGCACAUGUUGUUGGAACACAGGAAGCAGCAGAACGAGAGCGCUGAGGAUGAGCAGGAGCUUUCUGAGGUGUUCAUGAAAACCCUGAACUACACAGCCCGCUUCAGUCGCUUUAAGAACAGAGAGACCAUCACGGCGGUACGCAGUCUCCUCCUUCAGAAGAAGCUUCAUAAGUUCGAGUUGGCCAGUUUGGCAAAUCUCUGUCCUGAGUCUGCUGAAGAAGCCAAAGCUCUGAUUCCCAGUCUCGAAGGACGGUUUGAAGAUGAGGAGCUGCAGCAAAUCCUUGACGAUAUCCAGACCAAGAGAAGCUUCCAGUACUGAGACCAGGAGCAGAUCAAGUACAUAGACAAGGACUGGAACCAGAACCAGAUCCUGGACUAAAGCCAGAUACACAACUGGCACUAGGGCCACUCUCUGAGCUUAUCCUGCUCUGACCACCAGCAGAUCAUGGGUUGACUGAAGUGAUGUGAUGUUGUUCUUAGAUACUGUUUCAUGUUUUCAUGUCUGUUUUGUUUAAAUGUUCAUGUUCCCCUUUCUAAGUCAAAAGUGAUCCCGCUUUACAUCUGUUAGAACAUGUUAUACAGUUACUGUAUAUUCAUGAAUGUUAUCAUUCAGUCAGUGAUUUGUUACUUUUUUACAUAAUAAAUACACAUGUUGUGAUAUGACACAGUUCCUCACAAUAUGUUAAAUAUUUGA